AUGAGCUACACUGUAGGCCAGGUGAGCAUCGAGAAAGCUCCUCGGUCCUCCGCCCCGCGGGUCCGGCUCACCUGCGAGGCAUGUCGUCAGCGCAAGGUCAGAUGCGACAAGUUGAGCCCCUGUACAAGUUGCCAGCGUCUCGGUCUUGUCUGUGUUCCUGUUGAGCGCGCACGGCUGCCAAGGGGGCGGACGCGAAAACCCGCUGAGCGGGUCGGGGGCUCAGACAAGGAAUUAUCUGAGCGGGUCGCGAAGCUUGAGGCCCUCCUGAGGAAAGUUGCCACGGAGCGAGAUGAGGACGCGGAUGCUAUAGUUACUGAGGCUUCACAUCCUUCGGCUGAGGUCAGGAAGGUUGAUCCCGACGGGGCCGAUCACAGUGAAAUUCCCAGUCUGAGUGUCCCGCAUCGACCUCAUCCGUCGACGACUUAUAUGGGAAUCUCCUUCUGGGAGGAUAUUAUACAACAGACACAAGAAUUGCGCACUGUUCUGGACGACCGUCUAGAAAACGAUCAUAGCGACAUCAAAGACUCGGCUGGCUUUGGAUUGUCCCUUGUGAGCUCGGAGAGUCCAGAGGGCUCAACAAAUUCGCCUCAUUCUAACAAAGGGGUCUUCCUACAACCUCAUAUUCGGCAAAGGCUGUGUGACAUCUAUCUGCAAAAUGUAGAUCCGGUUUUCAAAGUGAUACACAGACCUUCCCUACGAGACUUUUUAAGGGAUGAGAAGCCAUAUUUGGACUAUGAGCCAGAUCAUCAGGCGCCGGCUACUCUCGCAUCCGCGGUUUAUCUUGCCGCCGUGUGUACCAUUGAUGAUGCGGAAUGUCAGUCGUUGUUCAAUGCCGAUAAAAAAACAGUGAUUGCAGAAUUUCAAAAAGAAACCGAAGGAGCGCUGGCAAGGGCCGACUUUGUCACCACGAAUGAUCUCGCUGUUUUGCAGGCCUACGUCAUUUCACUGCUCGCUGCACGAUCUCAGGAUCAAAGCCGAAGAGUAUGGACUAUGCUAAGUAUGGCACUGCGAGUAGCACAAGCACUAUCCCUUCACCUCGUCGAGCCACCAUUCUACGUCACUCCUUUUGAACAAGAGAUGCGCAACCGUGUAUGGCUAGGGAUCGGCAUCCUCGACGUAGCCGCCUCCCUAGACCGCGCAUCCGAGCCAAUGAUGCAAGCAACCUGGAUUGACUCCCACCCACCCUCAAACAUCAACGACGAAGACAUCUGGUUCGGCAUGUCAGGGCCAAUCCCACAGCACCCACCCGGCACAUUCACAGACAUGACACACUCCCUAGUGAUAGCCUCCUCCACAUCCGUCACCAGGUCACUCGCAUUCGCAGACUUCAUCGAGCCAAAAGCAGUGGAACUGAUGGGCCAGCGACAACAAGCAGUCCACAGCUUCCAACAGACAGCCGCAUCACUCCUAAGCGGCUGCAGACCCGACCAAUCAGAUUUCCAAUGGUACGCACAGAAACUAGCCGGCGUGAUGAGCAGCUGGCUCCAACUAGCCUGCCUAAGGCCUCUCUACAAAAGCAAAACCUUCACCCCACCCAAGAUCCACGGCGACGCCCUCCUCAAGCUAGCAGCCGACAACCUCCAAACAUCCCAAGAAGCAUAUAACUACCCAGGCGCCGCAGGAUGGCGUUGGUUCGGUUCGAUGUGGGUACCAUGGCACGCACUAGCAGUAGCAAUCGCUGAGCUAUGCGUCUGCAAAGACCCAUCAAUAAUGUCCCGAUAUUGGUCCGUCGUCGAUGAAGUCUACCAACGAUCCCGCUUCAUAGUCGCGGACUCACAGCAUGGCAUGCUCUGGAAGCCAAUGGAGAGACUCAUGGCACAAGCCCGAACACGACGCAAAGAACUCCAAGAACAGGAGUCUGCCAGCCAAGCCAUGUCACGCUUUACAUUCAAUGAUCUCGCUGCUGGGUUUAUGCCCCAGCAACCCCAAACAAUACCUCAGCCUGCUCCUCCCCCACAUUUGCUCGAUAUGGGCACGGCUAUUGGUCCGCAGCCAGGGUUGCAUAUGGCUGCUCCCCCGACUUCGUUUGCGAAUGUUCCUUGGCCGAAUGUCUGGGAAGCGAUGGAUUUCAAUGAUACAACCUUCGUCCCGCCGAACGACAAUGCCUGGCUGAGUUAUGAGAAUUUCAUUGAGAAUGUUUACGAAUGCGCUGAUUCUAUAUUUUUACCACGAUAA